AUGAACAAAAGUGAAAUUCUUGAUAUUUUAGCAAAUUCAACUGGAAAUAUUGAACGUCUUGAAGAGGAUGAAAAAGAAUUGGAAAACAAAAACAACAAUCCGAACAAUACUGAAACAGAAGAACAAAAAAAAGAGCGUGCAUUUCAACAAGUUUUGGUUUCUUUUGUCGCCGAACGAACACUUACUGAAAGAGAUAAAGAACUUGAAAAACAAUUGAAAUUAGAUACCAAAAUUGGUAAUGUAUUAGUCAUUGGAUUGCCAAAAAGUGGAAAGAGUACUAUGUUAAAAACUCUUAAAGCAAAUACAGGUGGUGAUUUAGUAGCAAAUGGUGAUAAUAGCGAUAAUAAAGAUCGUGUUUUAAAAAGUGUUUCAGGUGUUAACGUUGAUGCAAUAAUUUUUCUUAUCGACGCGAUCAAUCCUCGUGUUUUUUUACAAGCUAAAAAAGAAUUAGCACACUAA